GGUUGCAGAGUGCCAGCAGGAACGGUCCCAGCUGAAGAACAGAGAGAAAGCCAUGAAGGCUCUGAGAGCAAAGCUGUACAGCAUGAAGUUAGAGGAGGAGACCAGCAAACGCUACAACCAGCGUAAAAUACAGAUUGGCACGAGAGGCAGAUCAGAGAAGAUUCGAACCUACAACUUCGCCCAGGACCGUAUAACAGACCACCGGAUCGGCAUGACAGUGCACGACAUCAAGAGCUUCCUGCUUGGAGAGGAUCUGCUGGAUGAGAUGAACUCCUCGCUGCAGGAGUUCUCUAACCAGGAGACGCUCAUGGAACUGCUGGGAGAAAACGACCAGGAGGGCUUAUGAGCUUGUUGCUACAUGUUUUAGCAAAGCACUAAAACGGUAAUAUUGGCCAUUCCUACUCUGUUUCUGCAGGAAAAACUGAGUGAAAGGACUUUCAUGGAUUAUGAGGGGGACCAAGGCUGAAUGCUUCUGCCCAUCAAAUGUAAAAAACAAAACACAGACAUUUUAACUUCCAUACUCAUGUCGAGGAGUAACAAUCAAUGUCAGCACAAACAUAAAAGUGGCUAAUUAAAUGACUCAACUAUGGAGUAAUUAUAAAGACUUGUACUUCAACAUGAGCUGUAAUAAAAGUGACUCAUUCAGA